GAAGCCAGAAAGUCAUCACCACCUCUUCUUCCGUCUCGUCUCCCCUCUCUCCAUCUCUCGCGCGCGCGCUCUCUCUCUCUCUCUCUCUCUCUCUCUCCAUCGCAUUAUAUUACUCUUCCAAUUUCUCCUUCCUAUCGCUAGACCCCAAUUGACUUCCCUCUUGUUUUCUUUUUUCCCAUUCCCAUCCAAGCUCCCUCCAGAUUCGAUCAGAACACAAGAAAAGCGGGGCACAACAUCUCCUAGCUUUCCUAGCUUCUUUCCAAUUCUCAAUCUCAUUUACCUGAAUCACAUUGAGUGUCAGCUGUCAUGGCCAGCGACAAUUCUUCACAGGGCGAUUCCCGCCUGCUGAUCGUCUCGAAUCGGAUUCCGAUCACCAUUCGACGAUCGGCAGGAGGGAAGUAUGAAUUUUCCAUGUCUUCGGGAGGAUUGGUGACAGGAUUGAGUGGACUCUCCAAGGCGACGACUUUCCAGUGGUAUGGCUGGCCCGGACUGGAGGUGCCUGAGGAUGAGAUUGAAUCGGUGACUGCGCGACUGUCGGAUGAGUUCAAUGCGACACCAGUCUUCAUGGACGACAAAUUGGCGGAUCGUCACUACAAUGGCUUCUCCAACUCUAUUCUUUGGCCACUGCUACACUACCACCCCGGUGAAAUCGUGUUCGACGAAGCGGCGUGGGAUGCCUAUCGUGAGGCGAACCGGCUCUUCGCUCGGACCAUCGCGCGCGAGGCUCGCGACGGGGACUUGGUUUGGGUCCACGACUACCACCUCAUGCUCCUACCGGAAUAUCUCCGCGAGGAGCUUCACGAGUUGGGCAAGAAGAAUAUCCGAAUCGGAUUCUUCCUGCAUACCCCCUUCCCCAGUAGCGAGAUUUACCGCAUCCUGCCCGUGCGGAGUCAGCUCUUGCGCGGCGUGCUGCAGUGUGAUUUGAUCGGAUUCCACACCUACGACUAUGCGCGUCAUUUCUUGAGCUGUUGCUCGCAUAUCCUGGGAUUGGUCACCACUCCGAGCAGCGUGGAAUUCAAGGACAGGUCGGUCGCUGUCGGGGCAUUCCCCAUUGGCAUUGAUCCCGACAAAUUUACCGAGGGUCUCAAAAGUCCCAAGGUGCAGAACCGGAUCGCCAGCUUGGAAAGCAAGUUUGAGGGUACCAAGCUGAUGGUCAGUGUCGACCGCCUGGACUAUAUCAAAGGUAUCCCCCAGAAGCUGCAUGCCUUGGAGGUCUUCCUGUCCCAGCACCCGGAAUGGGUGGGCAAGGUCGUUCUGGUGCAGGUCGCCGUCCCGAGUCGUCAGGAUGUCGAAGAAUAUCAGAACCUGCGGGCGGUGGUUAACGAGCUAGUCGGAAGAAUCAACGGCAAAUUCGGAACGGUGGAUUACAUGCCCAUCCACUUCAUGCACAAGUCGGUGAGUUUUGACGAACUCAUCGCGCUGUACGCCGCCUCGGACGCGUGUGUGGUGUCGUCGACCCGCGACGGAAUGAAUCUCGUUUCGUUCGAGUAUGUCGCGACCCAGCAGAAGCGCAAGGGCGUGUUGAUUCUGUCCGAGUUCGCGGGUGCCGCGCAAAGUCUUAACGGAAGUAUCGUCGUCAACCCGUGGAACACGGAGGAGCUGGCCAACGCAUACCACGAAGCGGUCUCAAUGACCGACGAUCUGCGUGCGCAGAAGUUUGAGAAGCUCUACAAGUACAUUACCAAGUACACGAGUGCAUUCUGGGGCAAGUCCUUCGUCGCCGAAUUGUCCAAGUUCUCGGCUGCAAACCCGGAUGCUUGAUGAAUAUCUAUUGUCUAUUGGCCUAUCUACCCUUUUGUUUCGUUUCUUCUUCGGUUAACCCCUGGCAUGCAAUUCAAUUUUGAUACGACUCCGGCGCACGAGUGAGCAUUUCACGAUUAUGUUUGAUAGAUUUAGCAGCAACAGCCUCCCACCUUUGCAAAGCACAUGAUAUAGCAUCGAAUAUAGGACAGGAACAAUUGAAGAACAAUAAAGAAUCUG